GCAGCCCACUAUGAGGAGCUGUUCAAGCAGUGCCAUGCGCAGUACCAGGGAGAGGGACCCACUGGGAUGCUCUUUGUGUACCCUGAACACGUGGUCCACAUGGUGGAGUGUUCCUGGGAGCUAAUGGAGGCUAUAGUGAGAGAUGCUCUCACACAGACCGAGACCAACAGUGGUCUUUUGGAAGGGACGAGGAUUCUCCAUUUCUCAACAAAUGUGUCGGCUCGGCUGUACUCUCAGUGGGCGUACCGCGUCCUCCCCCUGCCCACCAUGUCAAAGACAGAGGACUACCAGACCUCCGAGACCAUCGCACAAACUGUUUGCUAUGUUCUCUCACCUCUCUACAAGCUCGGAGCCCAUCUCACUCUCAACCGCCACAGGAUCAAGGAAAUUCUUGACGAUCUGAAACCAAAGUUUCUCCUGCCACAAGAUAUGUUGGAGUAUUUCACAAAGUGUGAAGACCUGGAUGAGCCGGCCCAGUUCAUUGCCCGCUACUGUGGCCCUGCACAGGUUGCUCUGGACUCUGGCGGGAACUUCUUCUCGUCUCAUUUCCGUCUCGGACACAGACGCUACGAGACUGGUGAUCCAGAGUACUUCCUCUUUGGUGACCUGACCGACCUCAACUUCCUCGGGACGAGACCGGUCCAGUUCCCGUACCCCACUCCCAAGAAAAACGAGCCUCUCCACUGUCUGCAACUCUAUGUCAACAUACACAGAGACUCUGUUAAACUCGUCAAGUCCGAGCGGAACACAGACGAUUACUUUGUGUCAUUUGAGUUCAAUUCCGAUGUGGACUGUCGCAUCUCCCUCCUCUCCUCUCUCCCGGACGGAACGGACGUGGGAUCUCUCCGAGACCCUCAGGGCUCCGGGCUCACCAGGUCCGCAUACCAUCACCACAACCGGGGGUCAGAGGUCAAAUUCACGGGGGACGACUUCCCUGUCUCCCCUGGCAACAUGAGCGAGGAGAGUCUCACCUUUGACCCUGAGAACGGUCAAGAUACUUUUCCUAUCGCCAUCCUCAUUGAGACUGCUGAUGUCUGUGAGUACCAAAGCCAGUUGACUCUCUGCACCAUUGACAAGUCCAGCGACAGAGGAUACAACUUGAAGGUUGCCAGGCAGAAAAUCUGGGUGUCCUCUGUGGAGUACCUGCUGCACGAGAUGUAUGGUCUGGAGAACAAGUCACAGCGCAGCAGGGACAAAACUGGGGACAGCUCAGCUGGGGAAGAGGAGGAGGAGGAGGAGGAGGAGAGAGAGGAGGACGAAGAGGAGGAAGAGGAGGAUUUGGGAGCUGAGUGUGUGGUGUGCAUCACUGAUGUGAGAGAUACUCUUCUGCUGCCUUGCAGACAUCUCUGCCUCUGCGCUAGCUGUGCUGCAAACCUUCGCUACCAGUCAAACAACUGCCCCAUCUGCCGCACUCCAUUUAAAGCCCUCCUGCAAGUGACAGCUCUUCAGCCACUGGACCCUGACCUCUUGUUGGACGACGACGAGAUAACGGGGAAUCUCCGGUAUGACACUCCGGGCUACGAGAAGAUGCCAGUCCUGGAGGCUCUGAACGGGAUACCGUCUGAAACUGCCGUGACAGCGACAGACACUGUCAUAUCAGUCGAGGAAGAUCCCGAGAUUGAGGCGCUCUCUGCACAGCCGUUGGCCACGCCCCCUGACUCCACCCACUCAAGAGCGGCUCGUCAGCAGAGAAAUGACCACACACGCAUUGACCUGGAGGAAGGCCACGAUAUUCCAGGACUGGUGACCACUCCGGAGGUGGGGUACAAGGGAGUGGUGAAAGAAGGCGGAGCUACCAGUGUGGUGAGUGUGGUCCUGGAGGAGGUGGGGAGGGAGGAGAGAGAGGUGGAGUCGAGCCCGCUCCAGGAGAGCGUGUCCCACAGCAGCGAGGCAUCCUCCACUUCCUACUCCUCAACCAAAGAACUCCUCACCAAAUAGUGAUCCACUUGUGAAUUACCAUUUCAUUUUAUCUCAUCUCUAUUGUUUUAUACAUGCAUGUUUCAGCAAGUAUUAUUAUCUUGGAUUUAAACACAACAAGCACAGAGAAUGUGGUCAUGGAUUGAGAGGAUCAUAAAUGUGAUCAGGGAUCAUGACUGAUCGGAGAAUGUGUGAGGAUCAUAAAUGUGAUCAGGGGAUCAUGACUGAUCGGAGAAUGUGUGAUCAUGGAUCACAUGAAUUGAUCAGAGAUCAAUGAGUGUUCAGUGAAAGCGAUCACGGAUCGUCAGCGACUGAGCUCUGCUAGAGUAUCCUCAAAAGCGUUUAGGAAAAGGGAGGCAUGGGAUGGUUCAAACACUAGAGCAGGGCGGAACCUUAUUCCCACCUCCCCACACCCUCCCAGAUUAAACCCUUUGCUGCGAAGCGUUGAAAUGACGGUGUCUCUCUGAUUGGUGGUGUGGCAGUCAAUGGCGCAGAAUGGACCCUGGCCCCUGGCCCUGUGUACCAGAAAGGGGUAGCACUCCUCCAGCUCCCUGAGUCCAGAUAGUAGGACAUCUCCACUCUCCCUGAACUGAGACAGGAGAUCUUUUGAUCUGAUCUCGGCUGCAACUGCCUUCAACAUCACCAGUCGUAUCGGGUCUCCCAUCCACGUGUUGAAGAUCCUGUAGCCCUGAUAGAGAAGUAUAUCUCUAGAGACCACAGCAUUGCUGACACUCUAUUAACACUGUUUAUAUAGUGUGAUGAGACCUCUUUCGGUCUCUUGUCCAGAGUGGUAUAGUAACCAGCAACUAUCAUUUUCUUUGCAAAAGUCACAACAUCGGGCGGCUCUGUCAGACCCCAAGACUCGUGCGCCCUGCAAAUUUGGCAAAAAAUUCUAAAGAUCAACCACAAAUUUUUUCAGGGUUCACCAUGUGAUUCCGGUGGCUCCGCCCCCUGUCUGCACCUCGUCCACUAUAAACGACGCUCCGUGCUACAUAUGUAAGGAGAUGAGAAAUAAAAUAUGCCCCAGACUAGAGAGAUUUCUGAUGUGGUGAGUUAGUUACCUUUUUGGCAAUGCUCUGCACUCCCUUGAAGAAAUUUGGAGAAGCGUGGUUGUCCCCUAAUAACGAAGUUAGCAUUCACAAAGCCAGUUCACGAAAGUAGUUUCUGUCCACAUACCUCCUUCAGCCUGGAUGGGUUCUAUGAUGAUGGCUGCAACAGGCUCACCUGCCUUCGCUGCCUUUUCCAUCUUCUCCUCCACCUUUAUACCAAAUAUCCAUCAUCAAUCAUACUCUAAUUCAUCAUGCUACCACUUUGUGAUUAAAGCCUCUCCCUUUAUUUCAGAGAGCUUUGUAGCUAGCCACACACACACACACUCACUCUCUCUCUCUCGGCUCACCUCCG